UCACACUAAGUCUAGUUCAGUAUGCUAAAUUCUAGGCACAACCAUAAGUGAAAAUGGCUGAUAACGCGCCUCCAACAGAUCCUUCGCGCAAGGAGAAGCGCAUAGAAAGGGACGAGAAUCGUGGCCAGUGGAAAUCCAACUCGGAGUUCAUCCUCUCACUUCUUGGUUAUGCCAUAGGCAUCGGCAAUGUGUGGCGCUUUCCCUAUCUCUGCUACCGCAGUGGCGGCGCUGCUUUCCUUAUCCCCUAUUUGCUGAUGGUAAUUUUAGCCGGUAUUCCCCUAUUUUACAUGGAGGUUCUGAUCGGACAAUUUUCUGGCACGGGCUGCACGGGAAUGUUUCGGAUGACCCCCCUAUUAAAGGGGACCGGCAUUGCUCAGGUGGUAGUGAACGCUUACUGCGUCUGCUAUUACUCAGUAAUUAUAUCCUAUCCCAUCCGUAUGAUAUCCUACUGCUUUUUCAAGAAGGUGCCUUGGGAGGACUGUAAAAAUCCAUGGAAUACCGACAGAUGUGUCGUCGGUGAUGCGGUAAGAAAAUUUAAUCGUUCGGAGGAUUUUCAAACUGCCGCCGACCAGUUCUUUCACAGGGAAGUGCUGAAAAUCUCAUCAGGCAUUUCCGAAAUUGGCGGCAUGGUGUGGCAGCAGCUUGUGAGCUUGCUGAUCACCUGGAUUAUUAUCUACCUAUGCCUGAUUCGUGGAAUCAAAUCGGUGGGAAAGGUGGUCUACUUCACGGUACCCUUUCCGUAUGUACUGCUUUUUAUCCUGUUCGUCCGAGGUGUCACAUUACCCGGAGCCUGGACGGGAAUCAAGUUCUACCUGUAUCCCGAGUGGGUUCGCCUUCUGGACCUCAAAGUCUGGGCGGAUGCCGCCAUUCAGAUGUUCUUUGGCCUGGGACCAGGCUGGGGUGGAAUAAUCAAUAUGGCCAGUUUCAAUAACUUCCGGAACAAUCCCAAGUACGACUCGGUUCUCAUAGUGUCGAUCAAUGUGUUUACCAGUGUCUUUGCGGGAUUUGUGGUGUUCUCUGUUCUGGGUUUCCUCUCGGAAAAGUCGGGCAUUCCUGUGGAUAGGGUGGCUACAGGUGGAGCAGGACUGGCCUUUGUCACCUAUCCAGAGGCCAUUGCCAUGAUGCCAGUCCCGCAGCUCUGGUCGCUCAUGUUCUUCCUUAUGCUCUUUCUCCUGGGUAUCGAUAGUGUGUUUGUCCAACUGGAGGCCAUCAUGUCAUCCAUUUUGGAUGAGUGGCUCUGGGCGCGUCAGCACAAAUACAAACUAACGCUAAUUUCUUGCCUAACCUUUUUCGGGCUCUCAACCUUAAUGUGCACGAAUGGUGGAAUGUAUAUCCUGCAGCUUUUGGACUGGUACUCCUCGGCGAUAGCCGUAAUUGUCAUUUGUUUGGUGGAGAUCAUUAUGGUGUCCUAUAUCUAUGGCAUUAAAAACUUUCUGCUAGAUGUCGAGUUUAUGCUUGGCAAACGGCCAAGUCUAAUGUGGAAAAUCUCCUGGCAGAUCGUCACUCCCAUAAUCCUAGUCUUCAUUCUCAUUACGAGCAUCGUGUUUAUUCGGUCGGUCACCUACAACAACGUUUCGUACCCGCAUUGGGCCAUUGCUAUCGGCUGGCUCACUUUUGUGUCGUCAGUUAUUUGGAUACCUCUAUAUAUAUUCUAUAUCAUGAUCCGGAAGCGAACCUCGAUACGCGAAAGCCUGAAGAAACGACUAAAGCCCCUGGAUUGGACCCCAGCGGAUCCCCAAUAUAGAGCGGAAUACGAGGCCUUUCGGAAGCAGCGUCGAAUGCCAGGCUUUAUGUCAGAGACAGACAUUGAGAGUACCAAAUAGGUUUCAUUUUUUAAUUCACUCAUACAUUUGUAUAUUUUAACCAUAUCACGAGUUCAGAAGAAUAUUCUCUAGUAAAGCUAAUAAAAUCCAUAGGAAAGUA